AUGGAAUCUUUAGAUUGUUCUAGAUGUAAGGUUAAAAAGUCUCUUAGUGAGUUUAUGGGAGUUGAUGCAAAAGGACAAGCCAAACAAUUUCGCACCUGCAGUAGUUGUCGCGUUAAAACAACCAAAAGCCAUGCUAAAAAAAAAAAACAGCUUGUAGUUGAGGAGUAUGAAAAAAAUCCAAAUAAGUUAGAAAUAAUCGAGAAAGAUAGUCUUUACGAUUAUAUUUUAGAAAUCCUAGAUACAUACUUAAUGCAACAGGGUAGUAAUUUAGAAACAGCAUCUCCAUUUUUUUUUCAAUGUCAAAUAGAAAUAUCCACAUUAGAAAAACCACUAAAAGAAAUCACUAACGA